UAGAAGUCCCAAUUUUAACCUAGCCUCUUCUCUCUACGCUCCCGCUCGCUGAGCCUCUCCUCUCUACGCCAAUGGAACCUCCAGCGCUUUCAUUCAACUAUGUUGGAGACGUCGGUUCCGACAACCUUGACGCCGGCAACGAUGAAACGUUUACCCCCAUCCUUUACACGCAUCGGUCAUCCUUUACCCGAGACGAAAUGGAAGACGAUGACUUCGACGGCGGCAACUUCGAGGUUGGGGACGAUAUGGGAUAUUUGGAAAAUCUUUCGUCCGAAGAUGAUAAUCCGAAUGAGAAGAGCUCGUUGGAAGGAACGGACAUUAUUGUGCCCAGUGUUGGAAUGAAGUUUAAGAAUGAGAAAGAGGUGUUUGAGUUUUACAAAAACUAUGCUUACCAAAUUGGUUUUCCCGUAAGGAAAAGAAAUUCGAAGAAGGGUGACGAUGGGGUUGUACGUUAUGUAACCUUUACAUGUAGUCGGGAAGGUCAUAGAACCAGUGGGGCAAAUGCAGUUUUGAAGCCUCGACCAACCAUUCAAACUAGGUGCAAAGCGAGAUUAACGGCAUGUUCUGGCAUCAAUGGAAUUUGGUGUAUUAACACGGUUCAUUUGGAGCAUAAUCACAAAACUAGACCUUCAAAAUCAUGGCUAUAUCGAUGUAAUCGUCAAAUCAAUGCACGAGUUAAAAGGCAGCUUGAAAUAAAUGACAUCGCUGGUAUACCAUUGCACAAGAGUUUUAACUCAGCCGUAGUUGAAGCCGGUGGUUAUGAAAAGAUUGCAUGUGUGGAGAAGGAUUGUAGAAAUUUCAUUGACAAAGUACGUCGAUUGAGGCUUGGGGAAGGAGACGCUGCUGCAAUACAAGCUUAUUUUUCGAGGAUGCAGGCAAGUAGUCCUGACUUCUAUUUCAAUAUAGACUUGGAUGAGGAUGCUCGCUUGAGAAACGUUUUCUGAGCAAAUAAUAGGUGUAGGCAAGCAUGUAAGGAAUUUGGGGAUGUAGUAACGUUUGACAUCACGUACUUAACUAAUAAGUACGAAAUGCCUUUUGCUCCCUUUGUUGGAGUAAACCGCCAUGGACAGUCAAUUUUACUUGGAUGUGGUUUGGUCUCAAAUGAGGAUACAAGUACUUUUGUAUGAUUAUUCAGAACCUGGCUUGAGUGCAUGCAUGAUCGAGCUCCAAGUGGAAUUAUUACGGAUCAGGAUCGAGCUAUGCAAAACGCAAUUGGAAUCGUGUUUCCAAACACAAAACAUAGGUGGUGCUUGUGGCAUAUCCUGAAAAAAUUACCAGAAAAAUUCGGCGGCCAUACAAAUAAAGCUUCUAUUCUUUCUGCCGUGCAUCACCUGGUGUAUGACGUGCAAAGUUGUGAGGAAUUUGAGCAAGGUUGGAGUAAGAUGUUGGAAGAUUAUGAACUAGUUGAACAUUCUUGGUUAACCGAAUUAUACAAUGAGAGUUCGAUGGGUGCCCUGCUAUUUGAGGAC